CAUGUAAAUAACAUAUAUUUUUUUUUAGAGGAAAACUUUCUUUGACUGACCAAACCAAAUCAAAUCCUUCAAUUCCCUAUUUAUACACUCAAAAUACCAUUCUCAUUCUUUCUCAACAAACCCUUUAACCAUAACCAAACGUUUUUUUCUUUCCUUCUUUCUUUUAGUUAGUUUUGCUUCUUUUUCCUUCUUUUUAAUUAAUUGGCUUAAGCAAUCUCAAACUCAUCCCUUAACUACUCCUCACAGCCGAUCAUUUCUUUAAAAGCAUUACAAAGAUUUUCUUGAUUUCUUGUUUUUGUUAUAAUGGGAAAUUUUGUUUCCUGCACCCUAGCCACCCCUUUAAUCAAGAGCGCCAAGGCGGCGAGAGUUAUACUUCCUGGCGGUGAAGUAAGGCAGUUCAGGGAGCAGAUAAAAGCAGCAGAGCUCAUGUUAGAGUGUCCCAAUUUCUUUCUAGUAAAUUCUCAGUCUCUUCAUAUUGGAAGGAGAUUCUCCGCACUCGCUGCCGACGAGGAAGUAGAAUUUGGUAAUGUUUAUAUAAUGUUUCCGAUGAAGAGAUUGAAUUCUGUUGUCACUGCCGCCGAUAUGGCCGUUCUUUUCCUGGCGGCAAAUUCUGCUGCCAAGAGAAUAUCCGGCGCUGGAAAUAAUAACAAGGGUAGAAUCUUACCGGAAUCCGGCGGAGUGAUUAAUCUGCAAGAAAAUUUGGAAAUGGGUAGUGAAGAUGGGGAAUCAUCUAGUACUGAAGAAAUUGCAGUAUUUCCAAUGGCAGAGUAUCAGUACAGAUUAUCUGUUUGUAGGUCAAGGAAGCCAAUGUUGGAGACCAUUAAAGAAGAACCAGUUCGAUCAAGAUAAGAAAUGAAAUGGAUCUGUGAAGAGAAUUAUUAAAUGAUUACUUGAUUUAUUGAAUCUUGAUUUUCAUAUAUCUUCUCUCAUAAUAAUUUUUUUAGGGUUUUUUUUUAGUGUGGUGUUAUAUAAAAACUAAUUAAUAUAGAGAAAAAAAUAGAAAAUAUUAAUAUUAUAAUUAUAUAUAUUUGUGUUUUGAUCUAAUUAAAGUGUAAUUAUGUUUCUAGCAUAGUUAAUCAAAUUUUGGUUUCAUGGCA